AAGCGGCGGCGGAGCCGUGCGGGGCGCGCCGGGGGCGCCGACAGGUACGGCGGGGCGGGCAGGGGUGUGCCCCCCGCGCCCCCCUCCCGGUGCGCGGUGGUCUCGGCCCCGCCGAGCGCCAUUCCCGGCGCGGCUGUACCACGGCGGCGGGGCGGGGGGUGGCGGCCGGCCGGGCCUCGGGGACGGAGCGCGCCCUCCCCGCCUCUGGCCGCUCCCUCCUCGAAGGCGGCGGCGGCGCCGCGGUGACGGGGCCGCCUCUCCUUCUCUCGCAGGCCCGCGGAGGUGGCGGCGGCGGCAGCAGCGGGCGGGCCCCAGCCAUGGCCGACGACCUGAAGCGGUUCCUGUACAAGAAGCUGCCGAGCGUUGAAGGUCUUCAUGCUAUUGUAGUCUCAGACAGAGAUGGUGUGCCUGUUAUCAAAGUUGCCAAUGAUAAUGCUCCAGAACACGCACUGCGACCUGGCUUUUUGUCCACCUUUGCCCUUGCCACAGAUCAGGGCAGUAAGUUAGGACUCUCCAAAAACAAAAGUAUCAUCUGCUAUUACAAUACCUACCAGGUGGUGCAGUUCAAUCGCUUACCUUUGGUAGUGAGUUUCAUUGCAAGCAGCAAUGCCAAUACAGGGCUGAUUGUAAGUUUGGAGAAGGAGCUCACGCCCCUGUUUGAAGAAUUGAGGCAGGUUGUUGAAGUUUCUUAACCUGGUGGUAUAGCCAGAGUGCAGCAUUCCUCUGCAGCCCAGUGGACAGAAAGAUUCAAUAAUCAUCAAUCAAAUAACACGUCUCGGAAGAAAUACCACAGCUCCUUAGUAUACUAAGUAAGAGUAAAUUGUACAUAGUACUGAAUCUGAAAUGAUCUACUAGUGUGUUGUAGGUGGAUGUUACUUUAGGCCAUGCUUCUUGUAUUGUGCAGUACUGGAGAGCCCACCAAAAUAGCUCCCAUGGAGUUUAGCUCAGCCAGCUGAGCCAGGCCGGCGCCGUGCCCUUGGCUCCAAGGAGCAACCCCCACAUCUCCUGCUUCACAGGGCACAUGGCACAUGGUAGGGGUGUCCUCAGGCCGGCCACCACUGCCUGUGGGAAGGCACAUCAGGUGGAGGGAGUGAGCAGAGACGUGCUUGGAGGCAUUGUGAGAGCAAGUGUGAUAGCAGUGAUGUGUCGGUACAAUCAAUGUCCCAGCUUCCUUACACAGGGGCACUUUGGCAAGGGAGUGCUACUAAUCUGGAUGCUAGCUGCAUCCUGCUUCCACUAGGAAGAAAGCUGUUUCUAUGGAAGCUGUUGCUGUAGGGAUUUUCGUGAUGCCUAGCUAAAGCACCCAAACAAUGUCUCACUUCUUCAUGGGGUUUUUUGUGUAGUAUGGUUGUGAAGAUCUCAUGUCUCAUAGUCUUUGUGUGGGUUCAUCACUGGUGACACUCUCAGCUUAUUUACCCUUAGGUUUUCUUAAGUAAAUAAAUAUAAAUAAAAUACAGUAUUUUUAAAUGACA